UAGCUUCGAGUUGCUGUUCAUGUGCACAAACUGCAAUAUUCAUUAUUCAAGCGUUGCAUAGGUUUUUGUGGCUAAUUGAGUGAGUGAGAGUGAGUUCCGGCGAAACGCUCCCGUCUAUCGCUCUGUAAUGGCAUGGAUGUUAUGGUUGACGGUGCUGUUCACGAUUGUACAGCAACCGUGGACAUUAGCGACUCCAUGUUUGACUCAGGAGCUGCUGAACUCGGCGAAGGAGCCCGAGUUUUUCGAUUGGUUGAUAAGAGUGAGGAGGAGAAUACACGAAUAUCCAGAGCUGGCUUUUGAUGAGCAUCUCACGAGUCAACUCAUCAGAUCGGAACUUGACUCAAUUGGAAUUCCGUACAAAUGGCCGUUCGCUAAGACCGGGAUCGUGGCUUCGAUUGGAUCUGGAGAGAAACCCUGGUUCGGUCUUAGAGCGGACAUGGAUGCCCUCCCCAUCCAGGAAUUGGUAGAGUGGGAGCACAAGAGCAAGAUAGAUGGUAAAAUGCAUGCUUGCGGCCAUGAUGUUCACGUAACGAUGUUGCUUGGAGCAGCUAGGUUACUACAUCACAAACGAGACAAAUUGAAGGGUACUGUUAAGCUUGUCUUUCAACCUGGAGAAGAGGGCCAUGCCGGUGCUUACCACAUGAUCAAAGAAGGUGCUAUACAUGGGUUCCAAGCAAUUUUUGGGUUACAUAUUUCUCCGGAAAUGCCAGUUGGAACCAUCUCUUCUAGACCUGGUUCCAUGCUGGCCGGCUCUGGCAGGUUCGUAGCUGUUGUUAGAGGAAAAGGUGGCCAUGCUGCAAGACCUCAAGCAACUGUAGAUCCUGUUCUCGCAGCAUCAUUUGCUAUUCUUGCACUUCAACAGAUUGUUUCGAGAGAAAUCGAUCCUCUUCAGCCUAUGGUGGUUACAGUAGGUUUUGUUGAGGCUGGACAAGCUGGAAAUGUCAUCCCGGAAACAGUGAAACUUGGAGGCACUUUCCGAAGCAUGACUACAAGUGGUUUCUCAUACCUUAUGCAGAGAAUCAAAGAGGUCAUGGAGACUCAGGCAGCUGUGCAUAGGUGUACUGCUAGUAUUGAUUUUAUGGAGGAAGAACUAAGACAUUAUCCAGCUACUGUAAAUGAUGAAGCAAUGUACAAUCAUGCAAAGGGUGUUGGAGAAGCAUUACUUGGAGAAUCCAACGUACACGUUGUUCCUCUAACUAUGCUAGCAGAGGAUUUCAGCUUCUAUGCACAGAAGAUACCUGCUGCAUUUUUCAUGAUUGGCACUAGGAAUGAAACCCAUCACCCUGUUAAGCCCUUACACACACCUUACCUUGUUAUCGAUGAGGCGGUUCUUCCUGUAGGAGCGGCUCUUCACGCUGCUGUCGCCAUGUCCUAUUUGGAGAAAGAGCUUUGAGAGUUCAGUCUGGGUUGAUUAGUCGUGACUCGCGAUGAUGAUAAUUUCGCAUCCAAGAUUGCAAUAUUAGUUCUGUUUGAGGUGGAGAACCUGUGUAUCAAAUAUGACUUAAGAAUGUUGAACUCUGGUCUCAGCUCCAUUGUAUAUAUGGUUGUACAA